GCGUCAACCCUCUAAAUCAAAAGCUCUGACCUCAAAUAUAUCGCUUCCUUCUGCAACACAACACUCCUUUUUUGCCUCAACCCAUACUGUUUCUUAACUUUCUUUGACCAUUUCUUUGCCAAUACAUAACAUAUAUAUAUAUAUAUAAAAGCAAUGGAGCCCCAACAUCCACCCUUCGAGAUGGCACGCUCUUCAGACAUGGGGAUUGGACUUCAUUCCUGGAAUAUGGAGAAUAAUGGGUCUAAUAGAAAAGAAAAGUCACCUCCGAUUGGGCUAGGACUUGAGCUUGGAAGUGGGUCCGGUAAAAAAUCAACCAGGACAACAUCCUUUGGUUUCACCAUUUUUCAGCAUCAGGAGCUACAUCUCCAAUCUCUUAUCUACAAAUACCUGGAAGCUGGGCUUCCUGUGCCUUACCAUCUUGUUAUCCCAAUAUGGAAGAGUGUCGCUAACUCCUCUAUCAGUCUCAGCAAUGGCGUCCAUCAACUCUUUCCUAGCCUUUUUGGAUGUGGAUCGAUGAAUUUGGAAAUGAGGAGCGGGUUUGAUCCAGAGCCAGGGAGAUGCAGAAGAACAGAUGGGAAGAAAUGGAGGUGCAGCAAAGAAGCAGUUCCAGAUCACAAGUACUGUGAGAGGCAUGUAAACAGAGGACGUCACCGUUCAAGAAAGCUUGUGGAAGCUUCACCACGUACCCACAUCAAAACCACUGUUGAUGCCAAUAAUAAUCUCUCCAUUUCACUCCCUGUAGCAAACACCACCGUUGCUUUCUCUCCAAAGAGUGUUCUUCACGGGAGUACUCAGUAACUUCAACCGUCUUGGCUGUAUUCAAAAACUUGAUGUUCUUCACGCUUAGUUUUGCUUUCAUAUUUAACUAUGUUAUCAUCUGUACUGUUUAUGGUCAGGAGUGAAAGAUCUCAUAUUAAAAAUUACGUGUUUUUAA